AUGGCCGCGCGGGCGGCCAACACCAACACCAACACCAACAGCGACCGCCGAGGCAACGCCCGGCCGUCUGGCCCUGUCAGCCCCGCCCCCAUCACGGCGCCCUCGGCCGCCUCGGGCGGCGUCCCGGAGCCGACGGCCGAGUACCUCGAGCGCGCGUCGCAGGAGGCCCGCCGGCUGCCGGCGCCCAAGCCGACGCUGGUCGUGAUCGACCUGAACGGGACGCUCCUCUACCGGCCGCACAGGCGCAACCCGUCGCGGUUCGUCGAGCGCCCGCUGGCGCGCGCCUUCCUCGAGCGCUGCAUCGACAAGUACCACGUCGUCAUCUGGUCGUCGGCGCGCCCGGAGAACGUCCGGCGCAUGUGCGCGCAGCUGCUCUCGCCCGACUACCUCGCCCGCGUCGUCGCCGUCUGGGGCCGCGACCGGUUCGGCCUGACCGAGCACGACUACAACCAGCGCACCCAGUGCUACAAGCGGCUGACCCGGCUCUGGGAGGACCCCGUCGUCGCCGCGUCCCACCCGCGCGCCGCCGAGGGCGCCACCUGGAGCCAGGCCGACACGGUCCUGAUCGACGACAGCGCCGAGAAGGCGCGCAGCGAGCCGCACAAUGCCGUGACCCUGCCCGAGUUCGCCGGCGACCUCGACGAGAACCCGAGGGUGCUGCCGCUGGUCGAGCAGUACCUCGAUGCGUUGACAAUGCAGCUGGACGUCAGCACGUACAUCAAGGCCAAUCCGUUCACCAUGACGACAAGCAUCCAGGGCGAGCCCGUGGCUCUCGUCAAGGGGGGAGAGAAGUCGGGGCAACCGCCUCCUUCCUAG